AUGAGCGACGACCAAGACGCCAAGACGUCGGACUCCUGGGAAGAAUGGAAAGCAUGGGAACUCGAAGCACUGACCGUCGUGCCUACUCUCCCCCAAGAGAUACAAGACCGGAUCUUCGACUAUUGUGACAUGACCUCACUUGCCACUCUAUGUCACCUGAACAAGAGCUUCAGAAAGCGCAUGACGCCUCUCCUCUGGACAGAUAUAGAUUUUACAGAAACCUUUGACGACGAUGAAGACAAAGUCGAGCGAACCCGGAAAUUCUUCGUCUUAUGCGAUGAUUUAAAAUCAAAAGAUCCAACACGCUGGGACACCCUUCGGGCCCGCGUUCGUAUGCUGGAUCUUGGAAGAGUCCAUGGAAUUAAUAUCGUGCACGAGAAAGAGUUCGACGGCGAUGAUUGGCCUUACUUCACCCCCCUCGAAGAGGGGGCCCCAAUCACCCAUAAUAUAUUCAAUAUUAUUGCACAGUUCACGAACCUGACCUCGCUGUCUGUCUAUGUCAAGAACUGGUGGCCGUAUUCUAGUGUUAGACAUAACGGAGAGGCAUUAGCUCAGACAAUGUCUAAGCUGAAGUCUUUGAAGGUUGGUGGGCAAAUGCCGCCUGAUAUUCUCUCGGGCCUUUUCGUCAAGCCAGAGAGGCUUGAAAACCUGACUCUAGUCAAUCUACAUGCUCUUCCUGGACAAAUUGAUGGACCUGAAGCCGUUGAGCUCCCCCCGGGCGUUGGAACCCGGUUUAGCAGUCUCAAGAUUCUUCAUCUCGUCAAAUUCGCAGAUUUAGAUGGUCAUCUCUCGGGGGAAGCUAGUUCUGACGAUGGCGAUGAUUUGGGCCAGGAGGAAGAUAGAGAAUAUGUCUCUGGAAUGCGAUGGGAGUUCCCUCGAGAAUCUGAGGCCGUGGUCUUCCGGCAGUGGGCUUCGCUACUCACCCACUCUUCGAAGACCCUCGUGGACGUGAUUUUGGAAAACCGCUAUCUUACUUCUCAUCCACCAGAAGAAAUAAGCGAGAAACCAAUAAACCCAGGCGUAACCCACCCAGGCACAUACGGCGCCCAUUCCAUCCUCAAAAGUCAGGAAUCCUUGUUUCCAGUAUUUGACGACAAAAGUGCAUGGCCGAACCUGAAAAACCUGACGUUGGUCGGAAUGGGCUCAGAACAGACCGUCUCGAGUGCUUUCGAGCAUCUGGAGCCUCAAGUACAAGUUCAACAGCGGUUAGCGACCAUUGAGAAGAUGGAGGGGGAUGCUACGCCCGAGCAGAUCAGCACACCGAUUGAGUUUGCGAAUCAGGAGACGUGGGGGUGGCAUGUUCUGAAGACGAAGCUUAAUGCGCAUCUUGCAGAGAGUGAUCAAAAGGAAGAAGAGGGGUCCGGGUCGGGUGAAGAUGACUCGGAAUAG